AUUUACCUAACAUGCUCCUUCAUAAGUUCACGUUUCACGCGCGUUUUGUUUGCGCUAAUUAAAGCAACGAAAAUUAAGUAUAUUAGGCCGGGCCUAGAUGGAAUUCUUCGCUUUAUUAAACGAGGAAAUAAAUUUUGAGAAUUACACACUGGUAGUACCAGCAGUUUCAGUGGGAAAUGUGGGCCAACUUGCAUGUGAUCUUCUGAUUAACACCUUGGAACUAAAUAAAGUGGGAUAUUUACGAACUUCAUGUGUUCUUCCAGUGGUCGGAUCUAAUGCCUUCUGCAAAGACGACUCGGAUAAUUCACUCACAUUGACUCUUGAACUAUUUAUUGACGACAGCAAGAAAUUGGCAGUUUUACAGCAGCGAGCUCCACUUGUUGCAGGAAAGCAGAAACAAUAUUCUACAGAUUUUGUAUCAUGGAUAAAUUCCAAAGAAUUUUCUGAAGUUAUUUUGCUGACAAGUUGUCAUGCAUACGAAAGAACAGAUAAUGAAAUACAAAAUACACCUGUGCGUUUUUUGGUUCAUCCAGAUGACAAGAAAAACAAGAGAGAAUUGACAGAUAAAAAAUUCUUAGAACUUCAGAAACGAUUAAUGGAUUCUGGUGACAAAAACUAUUUCUUUCCUGGUGGAGGAUUUGCAAAAAAUUUCCAUGACGAAUGUGUGACUUCUGAAUCAAAUUUUUUUUCAGUAAUUUUGAUGAUAUUUUGCUCGGAAGGAGACAAUAUCCCAGAGGCUGUCUUAUUAGCUAAUGCAUUAAAUUCAUGGAAAAAUUAUAUGAAAAUUAGUGAAGACAAUGGGAAAACUGUUUGGUCUUUCCCAGCAUCUUGGAAGCAUCUAUAUGGUGCAAGACAACCUUUGUCAAUAUUCUGAAAUUGUCAGUUUUUAUGUUCUAAAUGUCACUUCAUUCCAGCUUAUUGAAAAUGCUGUAAAUUGGUACUUUUAACAUUCUUUCAGUCUUAGAUGCAUGCAAUCAAAUAGAAAAAAUGUUAUAGUAGUAUGAAAUAAUAAUGACCAAAUCAUAAUGUCUAAUAGGCUAUUUGAACUUGAAUGCUCAAUAGCUAGAUACAAUAGUAUACUACAUUUUCUUGUUCGUAAUAUUGAAAAAAUACCUGGAAAUAUGUCAAGAGUAAACAAAACUUAGAAGCCAUAUUUUUAAUACGAUCAAUUCAAACCAAGUUUAAUUAAGUCUCAUUGUCAAUUCACAAUCAUAUCAAUACUUGUGGUUAUAGAAAUACAAUCGGAUUUUGCUAUGAAAUAUGAAUUCCUUGGACUGUAUCUGUUAUUUUGGUUCGCUGCCAAUGUUAAAACUAUUGUCUGUGUCAUGAAGAAGUUUGUCAAACAUUUAGAAUUAAGUUUUUGCAACUUUCUAAUGAUUGCAAUUUGUAUUAGAAUGUCUUUUAUCAUGGCCUAAAAAAAUAAGAAAUUUGAUUUGCAUUUCAUAUUUAAUCAAGUUACAUAUUCUUAUUGUUGCUACAUUUUUAGA